AGAGCUCUGUUUUCUAGGAGUGAGAGAGUGAAAAUGGCCCCAUCCAUCGACGCUUCUCUUGUUCAGCCCGUCGAUUUCAGGCCGAAACCCGACAAAGUUGUUCACCUCGAGGAAACUCCGGUGAUCGAUUUCUCUAUACUCCAUUCGCCUCAGUCUGGCAACUUAGAGAGCGUCAUUUCUCAGAUGAGAAAAUCUCUGCAAGAGUGGGAUUUCUUUGUUAUUGAGAACCAUGGCUUAGCCCCUGAGCUCUUUGACAAUGUGAGGAAUGCCAUGGCGAAGUUCUCUUCUCUGCCAUACGAGGAGAAGAAGAAGGCAUCUAGAGAUUUAAAGAACCCUUGGGGUUAUAACGAUAAGGACCACACUAAGAAUACUAGGGACUGGGCUGAGGUUUUGGAUUAUGUUGUAAAUGAAGGCUUUCAGAUUCCUGCUAAUAUGGAGCCUGAUUGCAAAGAAACUGUAGCGCUCAAGAAUUUGUGGCCUCCAAACCCCGAGGAGUUUCAGAAAGUAUGUGAGGAUUAUGGUCGAGAGACCACAAAACUGGCAUCCAAGCUGCUAGAAAUCCUUGCCCUCUGCCUAGGUUUGCCUGCUGAUCGCUUGAACCGAUACUUCGAGGAGACGAUGACCUAUGUUCGCUUAAACCACUACCCUCCAUGCCCAUCUCCUGACCUAGCAUUAGGGAAGGGUCCGCAUGUUGAUGCCAGUGCUUUCACGCUCUUGACCACCGAUGGAGUUAGCGGAUUCGAGGUGAGGCGGAAAUCCGACGGUGAGUGGGUUAGGGUCAGGCCCACGGUCAACUCCUUCAUCUUUGUGCCAGGGGACAUCUUCCAGGUUUGGACAAAUGAAAAGUACAAUAGCUUGUUACAUAGGGUGGUGGUGAACUCUCAACAGGAGAGGUUCUCCAUGAUCACUGUGUUUACACCAUCCUAUCAUACAUUGGUGCAGCCUCUUGAAGAGAUGGUUGAUGAGCAAGAUCCCCCUAAAUACAGGCCAUACAAGUGGGGAGAGUUCUUCAUGACCAGGAGGCUCAGCAAUUUCAUGAAGUUGGAGAAGCCUGUCAUUCAAAUUACUAAUUUUAAGAUCAGAGAAUAGUCCAAUUUGAGCUGUUAGUCCAGUGGGUCCAAUGCUUCUGUCGUAUAAGUACUGUAUGGAGUGUCCAAUGCUUCUGUCGUGUAAGUACAGCAUAAUGGAUAUUUAUGUAAUUUUAAAUUUUUUUUUUUUUUUAUUGGUUUCCUACCACCGUGUUUGUCGUAAAGUAUUUAAAGGUCUCAUGUGUCCCCUAUUUGUCUAGGUAAAGUAUUGACAGGAGUGUCCUACAUUUUGUCUUUUUUUUGGAAUGGCUUCCUGGCUCGUUGUUUGUAAUAAAUUACUUGAAGGUCUUAUGUGUCCCCUAUUUGUGUAGCAUUUGGAGUUUGGAGUAUGAAGUCUCUGCCAAAGGUAUCGUUGUAAUGUACUUUCAUUCUAGCCCUCAACUAAACAUCUACGUCCUUUCUAUUGA